AUCAAUGGAAACAACUUUUGUUGAAAUUCCUGUGAAAUUUCCAAGCCAUAUUUAAAGGAACUAUUUUUGAGCUGUGAGCAAUAUUUCCGAAAGGAAUACAAUCCAACCGGCAAAAUUGAUAGCAAUAUGUACCACGAUGACGCCAGAUACUUGAAAAGGCGCGUAAAAGGAGGGAAUAUAGAUGUACAUCCAACUGAAAAGGCCUUAAUAGUUCACUAUGAGCUAGAAGCCACUAUCUUAGGUUAUGGAGGUGAUCCUAUGCUAGGAGAAAGAAAGGAAUGUCAGAAAGUUAUAAGAGUGAAGACAUUAAAUUCUACUACUGAUGUUUCGGGUCUUGCUAAAGAGAUUAUUCAAAAAUGUAAUUUAAUACAUCCUCAAAAAUUACCAGAAGUUGAACAAUUACUAUACUAUUUACAAAAUCGGAAGGAAGUUACUUCUGAGGGAACAAAGAAAGGUAAAAUGACAGGAAAACUAUCCGAGCCACAACCAUAUGAAGGAACUGAAUUAGAUGAUACUGCCAAUUUAAAUGACAUGGAAGAUUAUUUGUUAAUGCUAUACGAAGAUAUAUCUGAUAAAAUUAAAGGUUCUGCUUAUAUUUUGCAAUUGGCCAGAAACCCAGACAAUUUGGAAGAAAUAUUUGAAAAUGAAACUGUUGUUGGAGCAUUAGCUAGAGUAUUAACGGAAGAUUGGAAGGAGUCAACGGAACUUGCAACGAAUAUAAUAUAUGUAUUUUUCUGCUUUUCAAGUUUCUCUCAGUUCCACGGUGUAAUAUCACAUUUUAAGAUUGGAGCUUUAUGCAUGAAUAUUAUAGAACAUGAUCUAUUGAAGUAUGAUCAAUGGGCUAGAGAGCUUGAAAAUAGAAAACAAGCUUAUGAAAAUAAUAAAGGAAAUUCAAAUGCGAAGAAAGAAUAUGAAAGAGGAAGGAAAAAGUUUACUGUUCUUGUUAGGAAGCAAGAACAACUUUUAAGAGUUGCUUUCUACCUUCUUUUAAAUUUAUCGGAAGAUUUAAAAGUUGAAAUGAAAAUGAGGAAUAAGAGUAUUGUACGAAUGCUUAUUAAAACUCUAGAUAGAGAUAAUCCAGAAUUGCUGAUUUUAACUGUUUCCUUUCUGAAAAAAUUGAGUAUAUUUUUAGAAAAUAAAGCUGAAAUGGCAGAAAGUCAUAUAAUUGAAAAGUUAUCAAGGAUAAUUCCCAGUGAACAUGAAGAUUUACUGAACAUAUCUUUAAGAUUGCUGUUAAAUUUAUCGUUUGAUAAACUGAUGAGAUCAACGAUGAUAAAAGUUGGAUUAUUGCCCCGAUUGGUUAAUCUUCUACAAAAUGAAAAUCAUGCUAUUGUAGUUCUCUGCAUUUUGUAUCAUAUAAGUUAUGAUGAAAAUUGUAAGUCUAUGUUCGCUAUGACGGACUGUAUUCAAAUGGUUAUGCAAAUGCUUUUGGAGUCUCCGGAACCUGAACUCGAGUUGGUUGCAUUGUGUAUCAAUUUAGCGGCAAAUGAAAGGAAUGCUCAGUUAAUUUGCAAAAGGGACGGACUCAAAUUACUUAUGAAGCGGGCCUUUAAAUUCAAAGAUGCUCUAUUAAUGAAAAUGAUCAGAAACUUGUCCGAACACGACGGUCCGACCAAAACUCUCUUUAUUGACUAUAUCAGCAAGUUAGCUUCGGCAAUAUUUGAAGUUGAUAAUGAAGAUUUCGUUUUGGAAUGUGUUGGCAUUCUAGGAAAUUUAACAAUCGCUGAUUUAGAUUAUGAAUUAAUUUUAAAAGAAUAUAAUCUGGUUCCAUGGAUAAAAGAACAUCUAGCACCAGCCAAAUGUGAGGAUGAUUUUCUUUUGGAAGUUAUUAUCCUUGUAGGGACAGUUUGUAACGAUGAUGCCUGUGCAAAAUUAUUAGCGCAAGCUAAAAUUAUCCAAGCUUUAAUUGACUUAUUGAAUGCUAAACAAGAAGAUGACGAAAUUGUUUGUCAAAUUGUUUAUGUCUUUUAUCAGAUGAUCUUUCAUCAAGCAACCAGAGAGGUUAUCAUAAAGAACACCCAGGCUCCAGCAUAUCUUAUUGAUCUGAUGCAUGAUAAGAAUACAGAAAUUCGAAAAGUCUGCGAUAAUACCUUGGAUAUCAUUUCUGAAUUCGACGAAGAAUGGGCAAAGAAAAUACAAAUGGAAAAGUUUAGAUGGCAUAAUCAACAAUGGUUAGAAAUGGUUGAAUCACAAACCAUUGAUGAUAAUAAUAUGCCUCAAUACGAAGAUCCAAAUGGUUAUAUGCAAGAUAGCGAUCUACUAAAUCAGCCUCACUUAUUUGUAAACAAUCCAGACCUGUAUCCUCAGGAUCAAUUUGAAGGCUAUGGUUUUGAAGGCGAUCUAGUUGACAGCCUUGAAUAUGAAGGAACGCCUGGUGGUUAUUUGAAGACAGCGAAUGACUAUGACCCUUACGAAAGACCAGAUAGUCAUGUUGGCUAUGUUAUGAAUGGGCAACCUGUAGACGAAUACGGCACACCAAUCAAUCAUCCUUUUCAACACGGUCAAAGAUCCGAAUACGCUGAAUACUCAGAAGAGGAUUUCGAAGAGAUGAGAAGAUCGUAUAGAGGAUCCGGUGGAGGUGGUGGUUAUAUUCGCUAA